AUGAGCCACAGAGUCACAUUCACCGGCAUGCUCUCCACCUGCAGUACAAGCGAGGAGACUCUCAGCUUUCCAUUCUUGAUCAUCCUCGCCCUAGCAAUAUGCGCAUGCUGCUUCCUGAUGGCCAUCUUCGUCGUGCGGGUCAAAGAAGUGUGCUUCGAUGUAGAGCCUGAAUCUGACAACGACAUCGAAGCAUUGAGACCCUACGACGACGAUCCUUCAGCACAUUGGGUCAGGCCAUACAAUGACACGGGGGAGAAGGAAGUGCUGGUGGUGUACGAGAAGGAACGCUCUGGUGUUUGA